GAGCGCGCUCAGUCUUGUUUUCUUUCUUCUUUCUUCUUUUUGUUCGCACAGCACAAUGAAGCUCGUUAGCCCCAACGAUGUCAAGGUGUACAAUGUGUCUGCCGGCAAAUCCAUGCCAGAGUGGAUUUCCGAUCGCAAGCGACGCUCGCUGCUCAAGAACGACGCUGAGCUCCGUCAACGCAUCUCGCUGCUGCAGGACUUUGAAAUGCCAACAGCAGCUACCAACCUGCGCGCUUCAAAGGACGGCCGAUUCCUGCUCGCAACGGGCGUCUAUCCGCCGCGCAUUCGAUGCUACGAGCUCUCGGAACUCGCCAUGAAGUUUGAGCGAUACCUGCAGUCGGAGCCAGUCAAGUUCGAAAUGCUCUCGGACGACUACACCAAAAUUGCCUGCUUGUCCUCGGAUCGCUUCCUCGAGAUUCACGCGCAGUACGGCACACAUUACAAGACGCGCAUUCCGAGAUUCGGACGCGACCUUGCGUACAUGGAGUCGGCAACUGAGCUGAUUGCCGUCGGUGACUCGACGGACAUUUACCGCCUCAACCUCGAACUGGGACGCUUCAUGACCCCAUGGGCCAGCUCCAUUGGCUCUCAGGGCGGUUUGAAUGUGGUUGCACUGAACUCGGUGCACGAUCUUGUUGCGGUCGGCUCUGUCGACGGUCGCAUCGAGUGCUGGGAUCCACGGUCCCGCACGUGCCACGGACAGCUCGAUAUUGCAGCGAUUCUUGCGCAAGGCAGCUCGAUUGACUCUGCUGGUAUUCCAGAAGUGACUAGCAUUCAAUUUGAUACAGAUGGCCUGUCGAUGGCCGUGGGCGUCUCCACUGGGCAAGUUUUGUUGUUUGACGUGCGGUCAGACCAACCUGUGUUGAUCAAGGACCACCAGUACGGCUUCCCGAUCAAGCGCAUCAAGUUCCAUCGCCCGAGUGGCAAAAUGGUGACUGCCGAUACCAAGAUUAUCAAGAUUUGGGAGCGCAAUACUGGAGAAACGUACACAUCCAUCGAACCCGAGCACGACAUCAACGACGCUCUGAUGUACGGCGACUCUGGGUUGAUUUUGACUGCCAACGAAGACAAAAAGAUGCAAGCCUAUUAUGUUCCCUCACUUGGAAACGCGCCAAAGUGGUGCUCGUUCCUUGACAAUCUCACGGAGGAGCUUGAAGAGACUGCACAACCAGAAGUCUUUGACGAUUACAAGUUUGUGACACGCAAGGAUCUUGAAGUUCUUGGCCUCACACACCUUGUUGGCACGAAUUUGCUUCGAGCCUACAUGCAUGGAUUCUUUAUCGAUCUUCGCCUGUACAAUCGCGCCAAAGCAAUCGCCGAACCAUUUGCCUACGAAGAGUAUCGCAAGAGCAAAAUCAAGGAAAAGAUCGACGCCCAGCGCGCCAACCGCAUCAGCGUGCAAAAGCGACUGCCCAAGGUCAACAAGGGCUUUGCCAAGUUGCUUCUUGACGAAGAAUCGGCCGAGACCAACGCCAAGAAGAAGGCCGCACUGCAGUCAUCCAACCCUCUCACCGACGAUCGUUUCGGCGCCAUGUUCAAAAAUCCCGAGUUCGAGAUCGAUCCCGAGAGCGAGACCUUCCGCAUUUUGCACCCAACCUUGUCAAAGAGCACUGCCCAACUGCAACACAUGUUCCGCGAGGUUGGCAAGCCCGCCAAGGCGGACGACGACGACGACGACGACGAAGACGAGCUGGAGGGACGAGCAAGUGACGACGACAACAGCGACGAGGAAGAUGAGCGAGAAGCCGCGGCAGCAGCGAAAGCUGCAGCUCGUGCCAAGAAGGAAAAGGCAGCGGCCAAAACCAAGUUCUACGAAAUCAAGGACGAUGCAAACUCUGGUCUGGUCAAUGCCAUGGGAGCAACAUCCGACAAGGCCAUCGCCAUUGCCAAGCGCCGAGCGGCAGUUCCCCUCGGAAUUCGCGCGCAAACCGAGACAAUCGACAUGGCUACGGCCACGCGAGCACCUGUUGGUGCAAUGCAGAUGACUUUUGUGCGCGAAACCAACAAGGACAAGGCUCGAAAGCCAGCAGCUCCCAAAGACGAUAUUCCUCGUGAAAGGCGCGGCGUGAAAGAGCUUCGACUCAAGAAGCAAGGUGGGCCCGCUUACUGGCGAGGACAUCGUGUCAAGUAGUCGUUUUUGUUGCUGUUUUGUGCAAAUUUUGUUCUGGCAGUGUUGAGCGUUCCUGGACAAACAAUAUAUUGGAAUAUUGGACAAAGGCCGAA